AUGAAGAUAGACCAAAUAUUGCUGACUAUAUGUGUCGUGUUCACAAUCAUUCCGUUAUCCUCGGCAGCGCUUCCGUUUAUAGCGUAUGCAGCACCCGCCAUUUUCGGAUUAGGCAUGCUUGGUGGAUUUGGUGAUAAGCUCGGACUGGGAGGUUUAUUUGGUCGCAAGAAGAAAGAACCUUCAUACAGCCCCAUGUUUGGCGGAUCUUUUGGUGGAAUCAACGCCAACGACAUGUCCAUGAUGUUCAUGUCAGGGUUUCCACCGACAGGGGGCGCUGGCGGGAUGCAGGGAGGGUUCGGUGGAAUGCCGGGAGCUCCUGAUAUGGGUGGAGGAAUGGGAUUGGGGGGAGGCAUGGGAUUAGGGAGUCCAAGUAUGUCUGGAGGAUUUGGACAACAGUCGAUGAGUCAAGGGCAAUCCGGUUUUGGAAGGAGGCGUCGGCGACGCGCCAUCAGGUUGUGA